AUGGCCAUCAAGAACCCAUUUAUCGCUAAGGGUGUUAAGCGUUUCUCUAAGCGUACCCUCGCUAAGUUGACUCGUACCCACGUCGCCAAGAAGAACAAAGUUGUCACCGCCAAGACUGUCAACAAGGUCGAAUCAGUCAAGCCAACUGAAGUCAAGAACAAGAAGGGUCAAACUGUCCUUGUCAAGAAGGGUGUCAAGGGUACCGACCGUUUCUACCCAUCUGAUAUUGCUCAAAUCAGAACCGCCAAGAAGGCUCAUCCAAAGCCAAUUGCUCACCUCCGUAAGAGUAUCACCCCAGGUACCGUCGUCAUCCUCCUCGCUGGUAAGUACGCCGGUAAGAGAGUCGUCUUCUUGAAGCAAUUAGAAAACUCUGGUCUCCUUUUGGUCUCUGGUCCAUACAAGGUCAAUGGUGUCCCAUUGAAGCGUGUUGAUCAACGUUUCGUCGUUGCCACCACCACCAAGGUCGAUAUCUCCAAGGUUAAGGUUGAUGCCAGAAUCAACGACGAAUACUUUGUUGAGGAACGUAAGAAGAUCGCCAAGGUCCCAGAAGCUACUUUCUUUGACAAGAAGAACAAGACCGUCAAGACCAAGAAGCACUCUGAAGUCCGUGUUGCUGACCAAAAGGCCGUCGACGCUGCUCUCCUCGAAGCCCUCAAGAGCCAAAAGGCCCUCACCCUCUACCUUAAGACCAAGUUCUACUUAAAGAAGGGCCAAUACCCACACGAAAUGAAGUUCUAA